AUGAUUCCCUCGAUACGAGCACUCAAGCCGGCUCUCAGAUUACAAAGCCCCUCUACCCGACUGAUAUAUCGAGACCGAUUCCCAUUACACUCCCAGAGCCUGUUAUACCGAAAUACCCGUAUCUCGAGCGCACCUUUCAGUUCUUCUCAAAUCCGAAAGCUCUCCAACCAGACCCCACCAUCCGAUAAGAAGCCGGAAUCAGAAAACAACUCCACUGAGGGGCGUCCCAACGAAAAAAGCCAGGAAACCCAACAGGAGAAGGAAAGCAAAGAGGAGAAGAAUCAACAGAGCGGCAAUAAAGGACAAGAUGGACCGAAAUCAGAUCGACAAGGCCAAAGCCAGGACAACUUCAAUGGUUUCCCAGGUGGUCCUUUCCAAGGUCAAGGUGGCAAGGGUGCCAAAGCCGAGUUCAAAAUGGAUUUACCGUCGCUAGUCACAUCCGCUGUCGUCUCAUAUAUCCUAUACCGAACCGUCGUCCCUGGAGAGAAUUCACGAGAAAUCACUUGGCAAGAGUUCCGGACAACUUUCUUUGACAAAGGCCUCGUCGACAAACUGACCGUUGUAAACCGUCAACGGGUCAAAGUCAGUCUUCAUAGGGAUGCAGUCUCUCGAGUCUACCCCGAUUCGAACCCUGCUGCAGGAAACAGCGUUUAUUACUUUAGCAUAGGGUCAGUCGAGGCGUUUGAGCGAAGAUUGGAUGACGCGCAACGGGAGCUUGGAAUUCCUAGCUCGGAACGUAUACCGGUGGCCUACAAAGAUGAGAUAUCAUGGUUCGGAACGUUUUUAUCAUUCGGCCCUACAUUGCUACUUCUGGGUAGUAUCUACUGGUUUUCUAGACGGGCUGGAAGCAGCGGUUCGCAGAGUGGUAUCUUCGGUAUCGGAAAGAGCAGAGCAAAACUCUUCAAUCACGAAACGGAAAUCAAGACAAAGUUCAAGGAUGUGGCUGGUAUGGAUGAAGCAAAGGAAGAAAUCAUGGAAUUCGUGAAGUUCCUCCAAGAGCCCGGAAUCUACAAAAAAUUAGGUGCCAAAAUCCCACGCGGAGCUAUUCUUUCCGGCCCACCCGGUACCGGUAAAACAUUGCUCGCCAAAGCCACCGCGGGAGAAGCAAAGGUACCAUUUUUCAGCGUCAGCGGUUCAGAAUUCGUGGAGAUGUUCGUGGGUGUGGGUCCAUCUCGUGUUCGAGAUCUCUUUGCAAAGGCUAGGAAGAACGCACCUUGCAUCAUCUUCGUGGACGAAAUCGAUGCAAUCGGCAAGUCCAGAGCUAAAUCCAACUUCAGCGGUGGAAAUGACGAACGGGAGAGCACGUUGAACCAGCUUCUCACGGAGAUGGAUGGAUUUAAUACUUCUGAACAGGUCGUAGUGCUGGCUGGUACAAAUAGACCUGAUGUCCUUGACAAGGCUCUCAUGCGUCCUGGCAGAUUCGAUCGUCACAUCGCUAUCGACCGUCCUACAAUGGAGGGAAGGAGGCAAAUCUUCUUGGUACAUCUGAAGCGUAUUGUCACAAAUGAAAACUUGGAUGAUCUAUCUGGUAAACUAUCGGCCCUUACUCCUGGUUUCUCUGGUGCGGAUAUCGCAAACUGUGUCAACGAAGCCGCCCUUAUUGCUGCCCGAAAACAAGCCGAUUCCGUAGCCUUGAUUUACUUUGAACAGGCUAUUGAGCGUGUCAUUGGCGGUCUGGAAAAGAAAUCGUUGGUCUUGUCUCCUGAAGAAAAGAAAACUGUUGCAUAUCACGAGGCUGGCCAUGCUGUCUGCGGAUGGUACCUCAAGCACGCCGACCCUCUUCUGAAAGUAUCCAUCAUCCCUCGAGGACAAGGUGCCCUCGGAUACGCCCAAUACUUGCCACCCGGUGACUCGUACCUCAUGAAUGUCUCCCAACUAAUGGACCGUAUGGCCAUGACCCUCGGCGGUCGUGUCUCCGAAGAACUACACUUCGAAACCGUCACCAGCGGAGCCAGCGACGACUUCAACAAAGUUACAAGAAUGGCCACUGCCAUGGUCACCAAAUGGGGCAUGUCGAAGGAUAUCGGAUACCUCUACUUCGAGGAAGAUCCAAACCAACUGCAUAAACCAUUCUCGGAGGAAACAGCACGCAAAAUAGAUCUGGAGGUCAGAAGGCUAGUCGAUCAAGCCUACGAACAGUGCAGAAGUCUGUUGGUCGAGAAGAAGCAUGAAGUUGGAUUGAUUGCUGAGGAGCUGUUAUCGAAGGAGGUCCUCGGCCGCGAUGACAUGAUCCGUAUCCUCGGUAAACGUCCAUGGGAAGAACGAGACAAGCAAUUUGAAAAGUACUUCCAUCCAAAGGAAUCCAGCGCUCCACCACCACCCGCCACCGAAAUGCCACCUGAACCUGAACCUCGACCGCUAUCUACUUAA